UGGCUCAGCUGAUGUUGAGGAGGGGCCCCUCUCUCCACUGGCUCCUCGGGGCCUCCCUCUCCCAGCUGCAGGAGCUGCUCCCUGAGGUCCCUCACAAAGUCAUCAAGGUGACCUGGCCAGUCAUCUCCUCUCACUUUAGUGUCCUGGGGCCGGAUUCACAAAACACUUCUUACGCAAAAACUUAAGAAUCUUAAGAGAAAAAAAAAAGAAGUUCAUAAGAUAGUUUGAAAGUGCAAUUCCUAAACAAUAUCUUAAGAUUUAAUUAUUUUCUUACUAACUUCUCAAAUAUCUUCUUACAAAUCUUAAGAUGUUUGUUGCUAGGCAACCAUUUUAGCUCACUAUCUAGCUAGCAAUGGCAAUCAUGUUAGCAUAUUUCUUACUGAGAUUACUGUUCUAAAACAUGUUCUUGGGUUUAAAAUAAUAAAUACUGAAACUUUCAGAUGAAGUUUGUGAGUGAAUUAAACAUGUUCAAUUGCUUUAAUGAGCGUUUUCUCUCACUGCCCUGAGUUUAAGACAAGGGUUUAGCUAUCUUGGAAUUAAACAUUUUUCAAUAACUUUAUUUUCAAUAAUCUAAUUUCUUCUUUACUUUUUGCUUAAGGAGAAACAUAAGAAAUAGCGCAAGAAAAUGAAAAAAUGGCAGUUAAGAAGAAAUCUCUUCUUAAGAAGGUUUUGUGAAUCUGGGCCCUGGUCUUGUCAUACACCUUGCCUUUACUGGGAAGACAAUAUGGGGUUGUAUAUUGUAUCUUUUUUGUAUAUGACAAUGUAGAUGGAUGUGUUUUCCAUAUGCUAUGGAGCAGCUGCACCCUCAUCAUUACGAACUUUGUCAACUUUGUUUAUCAGCCAAACUCUUUGGUGGUGCUGUAUUGAUAAUACUUGCAGUAAUACAAUAUCUUCUUUUUAUUCCAGCUCUUCAGUGACACCACGUCUCUGUACAAGCUGACUGUGGCUGCCUCCUCUCCAGAGUCUCACACUGAACUCACUCAUCAGAAAGACCACAGUAGCCCCACUGACCCUUGUCAAUCAACACACACACACACCGAGUCACACACACACCGCGACCCUCACACACACCACGACCCUCAUACAAGCCUCGACCCUCACAAACACCACUGUCCACACACACACCUCGACCCAGAACCAUUCAAGCCCAACCCCAACAGCUUCCUCGCUGGCUCCCCCAAUGCUGAGAGUGUAGCUGGGAGCUUCUAUGAAGAGAGCUCUGUCAUGACCAAGGAGGACAGUGCAGACUUCCAGGUGGACUUGAGUCGCUCCUUCGGCUCCCAGCAGGCCCCUUUCCAGCACACCUGGAGCCACAACCCAUGGGAGGCAGAUGAGGAGAGUGAUGAGGUGAAGUUUGUAGGCUGGAAUAGAGGAGGAGGAGGAGAGGAGUGGAUGUCCAGAGCAUCCCUACACCAGGAGCCUUGUGGCUCCCCCAGAGACUACGCGCCAGAGAACCCUUUUCAGACAGACCCCUCGUCCUAAUUCAGCUACAGCACCAACACGCAAAGACCAGCGUACUCCGAAAACCAGAUGUACUCGUUCUCUACAGUAGGCUACAGUGAACAGCAGCAGUACCCUGAUGGCAGCCACUACCCCAGCCUGGCCUCGCCUAGAGGAGCUCUGCCAUGGGGGGACAGUAGCAUUGACAGCCCCUACAGCACUACCCAGGGUAGGGGAGACAUGAGUGUGACACCUGACCAUGAGACCAGUUACAGGACGGGGAUGGAGAGGAAGAGGAGAGCAGAGGGCCCAAAGAUGGUUGGCACAGGUGAACAA